AUGGCACCUGCUCUCCAAACGUUGAUGUUGAUACUGGCAUCUGUCUUUCUGCAAAGUGAGUCGGCUGAACCCAAUGACAUCACCUUUGCCGUGAGCGUGAGCUCCCAGGUGACGGGAGGGACAGAGGAAACUGUCUGUGCUGUACUCAACGGGGCCACGGAGCCCGUCACGUUGACCGUCUCUCUGCUCAUGGCUUCCCGCAGCACCAUCCUCCUGAAGGCGAUGGUCUUCAACGACUUUUACCAAUGCAGUAGCUUUAAGGUCCCUGUAGUGCGCACCAAGACUGUGGCAACAAUAAACGUCGUUGUUAGCGGGAAGAGUGACCCCCUGAGCAAGAAGACCAAAAUCCAUAUUGUGCCCCCUGCUUUCAUCCACAUCAUCCAGACUGAUAAACCCAUCUACAAACCUGGACAGACAGUCAAGUUCCGAAUGGUCUCUAUGGACUCCAGUUUCAUCCCUGCAUACCGACUGUACUCAGUGAUAGAGCUCCAGGAUUCCAAUUCCAAUCGAAUUGCUCAGUGGUUGAACAAAAUUGUUGCGGCUGGAAUUCUUGAUCUUUCACAUCCCACAAUACCCGAGGCGCCGCAAGGAACUUACAUAAUUACUGCGACCACCAACAAAGGAGAACAAAUCUCCCACAGCUUUGAGAUCAAGGAAUAUGUUUUGCCCAAAUUUGAGGUAACUGUUAACCUUCCAAGUGUGAUUUCAAUUGUGGAUGAGGAGAUCACCCUGCAGAUUUGUGGAAAAUACACUUAUGGAAAACCAGUUGUUGGCUCCGUCAAGGCGGUGAUGUGUAGAAAUGCGUAUCGGUUUUUCUGGCGUUCAACAGAGACAAAUAUAUGCAAAACAUAUACAUUGAGAUCUGAUCGCAGUGGCUGUGCUACAGAAACAGUAAAGAUAGGAGAAUUUGCACUCAACAAGUAUAUGUAUGAAGACACCUUUGUGGUGAAUGCUGAACUGGAAGAAGAUGGCACAGGAGUUACCCUGAACGGUUCUGGGAGUGCAGUCUUCAGUAGCGUUAUAAGAUCAGUUACAUUUGAAGAUAUAGAUCAAUCAUACCAGCCUGGCAUCAAUUUUGAAGCAAAGGUCAAAAUGAUUGGACCGAACAACAAACCUGUGGCUAAUGAGCCAGUGUACCUAUUCGCCCCAAACAAUGUCCAGUUAACACUCAACACAAACACAAAUGGCAUAGCCACAUUUUCACUGGACACCAGCAUCUGGAAAGGCGCCGUGAAUCUUAGGGCCUCGUCCAUGAAGGACACUGCAGAACAUAAAUUUGUUCCAGGCGUACGGAAUCCAGAGUACAGAGAUGCCUACCAUUACAUGUCUCCAUUUUACUCUAAUAGUAAUAGUUAUUUAAAGCUCAUCCAGGUCAAUGAUAAAAUCCCAUGUGACAAAGAUGCCACUGUACAAGCAAAAUACCUUAUCCAGGGGCGGGAGCUAAGCAAGGGACAAGUGGCACUUUAUUUUUAUUAUAUGAUAAUGUCCAAAGGUGCAAUGGUACAGCAUGGCCGUAUCCCAGUGGGUGUUAAAGUGGAUACAGUGAACAAAGGGGAGCUGUCCAUACCUCUACAUCAAGUGAUCAACCUGGCACCUUUUGCACAGAUUGUUGUUUAUGCUGUGUUGCCCGGUGGCGAGAUUGUGGCAGACAGCCAUGAUUUUCCCAUCCAGCUCUGUCUCAAGAACAAGGUUUCUCUUAAAUUCUCGUCCCUCCAGCAUCUUCCAGCAGAAACGACCACAUUGAAACUUCAGGCUCAGCCAGGUUCUUUGUGUUCUGUUAAAGCUGUUGACCAGAGUGUCCUAUUGCUGCAGUCAGAGCAGGAACUAACUGUUGACUAUGUGUACUAUCGGCUGCCUUUUCAAAGGCUGUCAGGAUACUCUCAUGAGAUUGAAGACUUUGACCCUUGCUUUCCUGUUCCCUUGCCCUGGCCUAUACCUUUUGAGCCACGGCGGGCGAGGCGCUCUGUUGACUUUGUACCAUUCACUCCGAAGACUGACGUCUACGGCAUCUUUAAAGCAAUAGGAGUGAAGCUCGUGACAAAUUCUGACGUGAAGAGAACCCAUCUCUGCCGACGUGAAUUUCCCAUUUUAUUUGCUGUCGUAGCCAAAAAUGGUCCCGUUCGCGAAGAAAUGAAUGAGGAUGAGGAGGUGAAGGAAGAGACCAUUAGGACUUUCUUCCCAGAAACAUGGAUCUGGGACUUAGUCUCUGUUGGUGACCAGGGUACAGUGAAUAUUGAGAAGACAGUCCCAGACACUAUCACCAAAUGGGCUGCCGGAGCAUUCUGUGUCUCCUCUGUGGGCUUUGGGGUGGCGCCCAACACUGGCUUGACUGUCUUCCAGCCUUUCUUUGUCAGUCUCACGCUGCCUUACUCUGUCGUCCGUGGAGAAGCGUUCACUCUAAAAGCCACAGUCUUCAACUAUCUCUCCAAAUGCAUCAUGGUGACGGUUACUCUGGCCAAGUCUGACACAUAUACCUUCAGAAACUGUGAUGGCUGCCAAUACACAAUAUGUGUAUGCGGUGAAGAGAGCAAAACCUUCACUUGGAUCGUCACUCCAACUGUCAUCGGCAAGGUCGAACUGAAGGUUAGCGCCGAGGCCCUGAACACCAACUUGCUGUGUGGCAAAGAGGUUACUACGGUCCCUAAAGUCGGCCGUAUUGACACUGUGAUCCGCAGUCUCCUGGUGGAGGCUGAAGGAACGCCUCAGUCAGUCACUUUCAAUGCACUCCUCUGUCCUGCAGAGGGAAUAAAUAUGAAGGAAAUCUCUCUUCAGCUGCCAAAGAUCUUUGUUGUUGGAUCUGUUAGAGCUACUGUCUCUGUUCUGGGUGACCUGAUGGGCCGAGCCCUUGAAAACCUGGAGAAACUCUUGGCAAUGCCAUACGGUUGUGGGGAGCAGAACAUGUUACGCUUUGCUCCAAACAUCUUCAUUCUCAACUACCUGAAAGUGACAGGUCAACUGACUCCGAAGAUUUUGGCCAAGGCAAAAGGCUUCCUAGAGAGCGGAUACCAAAGGGAGCUCACAUACAAGCAUGAGGACGGUUCCUACAGUGCUUUUGGCGAGAACGACCCAUCUGGCAACACCUGGCUGACCGCCUUUGUGAUGAAGUCAUUUGGCGGGGCGACGUCUUACAUCUUUGUAGAUCCCCAGCACAUUGAAGAUGCCAAGCAGUGGUUGUUCUCAAACCAGGGGACUGACGGCUGCAUCAAAUCUGUGGGGAAACUUUUCCACAAUGGCAUGAAGGGAGGAGUGAGUGACGACGUGUCCCUGACGGCUUACAUCGUCGCCGCCCUGUUAGAACUGGACUCCGACACUUCGGAUCCGGCGAUCCAGAGAUGUCUGGGCUGUCUGAAAAAGGCAUAUGGCCAGAUAAACAACCUGUAUACCACUGCACUGAUGUCCUACACCUUUACCCUGGCUCGGGACGAGGACAUGAGGAUCAAACUCAUCAACUUCUUGCACCAGAACUCCAAUACAAAUGGGGGAACCCGCCACUGGACCCGAGGGGGACUUCAUUCUCUUGAGGUGGAAAUGACCUCCUACGUGCUCAUGGCACUGCUUUGUGGGCCCACCUUGCCAAAUUUUGGAUUGGACUACAGCAUUGGCAUCGUCCGCUGGCUCACGGACCAGCAAAACUCCUAUGGUGGUUUCUCUUCCACACAGGACACCGUGGUGGCCCUCCAAGCACUGGCUAAAUAUGCUGAGCUCACGUAUAGCAUUCAGGGCACGACGACUGUGACAGUGACAUCACUAGGAGGUGUGCGCAAGACGUUCAUAGUGGACCAGACUAACAGGCUGCUGUAUCGGGAAGAACCGCUGAGCGACGUCCCAGGAGAGUAUACCGUUCAUGCAGAGGGACAGAGCUGCGUUCUGGUACAGAUCACAAUGGAUUACAACAUCCCUCCUCCUGCAGACUAUUCCGCCUUCAACAUUAUAGCUAAUACCAGAUCCAAAUGCAAUCCAAUCAGGCGGCAGAUCAUCCUAUCUGUCAGCGUCAGAUACCAGGGCAGGAGAGAGGAGACCAACAUGGCCAUCAUAAACAUCAAACUCCUGUCUGGAUACAUUUUGGGGAAGAGCUCUUUGGAGUCGUUAAGAGAGGACCGCACAGUGAAGCGCGUGGAAGUGGAGGAAGGUUAUAUCAAUAUCUACCUGGAUGGGCUGAGGAGAGAUGAGUUGGUGACUUACAGCAUGACACUGGAGCAGGAGAUGUCUGUCAGUAACCUGAAAGCAGCUGCGGUCAAAGUCUACGACUACUACCAGACGAGUGAUGUAGCCGUGACAGAGUACACAUCACCUUGUGAGGAGUAA